AUUUGUAUCGGCGAAAUUGAGCAAGGCAAUGGAGUCACUAGCUGUCUACGGAAAGUUUCGGUAUUGGAAAUAUUUGGUCCAGCCGCCCUAGUAGCUAGAAAAAAGCUGUGCCUACCUUUCCCCCCCUCGCGUGCAAGGAUAUUGGCCAGUGGUUACGAAUCUUUCCCACGCGGUCGUUGCCACAACCAAUAGCUCCAUCAAGGUGGAUAAGGCAUGGUCCGAUCGUUCUCCGGUGUGGUCUGUUAGGCUUGCCUUAGUCGCGAAGCGAUCCAACUUGAAAAAAGGCGCCCAGGAAGCUUGUCCCACGAAGAUCUCCCAACUUCUAUCUCACCUCGCAGAAAUCUCUUUCGAUCAGAGUGUAGUAGAGUGCAUUCUCUACUCUCAACAUGUUAUCUUCGUGGCAGAAGAAGUUCUUCGAGAAAUCGGAUGGCCCAACCGAGGCUAACCCGAGCCCUCCGGAAUACGGGACCGGUGAAGAUACUCAUCCAGGCUCAAAACGCCCGGAGGAUGUGGUCUAUGAUGAUGUUUCAAGGGACGACGUGCCCGAUGAUACAGCUCAGGAUGGUGUAGCACAAGCUGAAGCCAUCACAUUAACAUGGAACAAAUGGUCCCUGGGAUCGGCCUAUGCUCUCAUGUGGCUCCUGUACUUUGUGAAUGCUUUUCAAUCUUCAAUCACUGGGAAUCUAUCGGCCUACAUCACUAGUGGAUUCGAAUCACACUCCCUGAUCCCGACCAUUGGUGUCGUGUCCAGCGUCAUGUCAGCCGCAACUUAUAUGCCACUGGCGAAGAUUCUGAACCUGUGGGACCGCUCCAUUGGAUUCCUCAUCAUGGUCCUAUUCUCAAUCCUUGGCUUGGUAUUGUCUGCAACCUGCUCAAACAUUGCAACGUACUGUGCAGCCCAGGUGUUUUAUAGUAUCGGGUUUGCCGGGUUGAUUUUCAGUAUCGAUGUUAUCACAGCUGAUACUUCAUCGCUGCGCCAUCGAGGCCUUGCUUAUGCAUUUACUUCUUCUCCUUAUAUUAUCACGGCCUAUGCAGGCUCGGCUGCUUCUGAACACUUCUACGAGUCAAACUGGCGAUGGGCAUAUGGCUGUUUUGCCAUUGUUCUGCCCGUUGUUGCCUUCCCAAUGUUCUGUCUACUUCGGUACAACCGUCACCUGGCGAAGAAGAAUGGCCUCUUGAAGCCGAGGGAGAAGAGCGGCAGGACGCUGAUGCAGAGCUUCGUCCACUACGUCAUCGAGUUUGAUCUUCUGGGAACCUUCCUUCUCGCAGCCGGUCUCGUUCUUUUCCUCCUCCCCUUUACUAUCGCUGGCUCCGCGGAAGAUGACUGGGCAUCUGCUCACAUCAUCGUUAUGCUCGUUGUCGGUUUCGUCGUCCUAAUUGCUUUCGGUCUUUCCGAGCGCUACCUCGCCCCGGUGCCCUUCCUUCCAUACCAAAUUCUUCUCUCCAGAACAGUUUUGGGUGCAUGCCUUAUCGAUGUGACCUACCAAGUUGCAUACUACUGCUGGUUCGACUACUUCACAUCAUACCUACAGGUCGUAUAUGGCACUAGCAUUGCAACUGCUGGAUACAUUAGCAGCAUCUUCGACGUGGUUUCCGGAGUUUGGCUUUUUGUUGUUGGUUUCUUAAUCAUGAAAACUGGUCGUUUCCGCUGGCUAGUCCAGUUUGCCGUGCCACUUUAUCUUCUUGGAGUGGGCCUGAUGAUUUAUUUCCGCAACCCAAGCUGGUCAGUGGGCUACACCAUCAUGUGUCAGGUCUUCCUUGCAUUUGCCGGCGGUACGAUGAUUAUCUGUCAACAGGUUGCUGUGCAGGCUGCUGCUGACCACAACCACGUCUCCUCGGCUCUUGCUUUCCUCAACUGUUUCGGCAACAUCGGUGGUGCGAUCGGCGGCAGUAUCUCUGGUGCUAUCUGGACGCACACUCUGCCUGAUGCACUGAAGCGUCUUCUGCCCGACUCCGUCAAGAGCGACUGGGAAUCGAUUUACGAUGAUCUUGACGUUCAGCUGAGCUACCCAAGAGGCUCAGCCGAACGACAGGCCAUUUCCCUUGCUUAUGCUAGCUCACAGAAGAACAUGUUGAUCGCUGGAACGGCUAUCAUGGCCCUGUCGCUUAUCUGGAUGUUUGUCAUGAGAGACAUCAAGCUUACGAAGCAGCAAUCCAAGGGUAUUCUGUUCUAAACCAUGCGUUGUGCCUGCCGACAUCAACAACAAAGCGCUAUAUUUCACGCAAAAUAUACAAGUUUGAUGUGUAUCAUUUGUACCGUGGCUACGGGCUACGGACUAUUGAACGAUGCAGGUCUCUCGGAGGUUGGAGAGACACUUCUUUUUUGAAAUUUUUGGAUUAUUUGUCUAGGUGAUACCAGUCUAUAUAACGGGCGAUGCGGUGGUGAUUCCCAACAGGGGUGAAGGGAAUGAAGAUAUCCAAGGAGUACCGCUAC